UUUGGACGCUGGUGUAUUUUGAAAUCCACAUAGAUUCAAUAAUAUUGAGUUUCAGCUCGACCAACCAGAUUUCUUUCAAAGGUAGUUUCCGAGCAUAACUUUGUUCAGAAAGUCCUUUACCCACCGGAGAGGAAGGUUGGCAGGUUAAGCACGACUAAGCGCGAUGGAGAGGGUCUGCACCUGGGUGUUCCUGGCGGCUGUGGCUCUCGUCAGCUCAGUCCUGGCGGCUCCAGCGUCAAAGGUAGCCAUACCGGAGGUCGAAAAAACUAUUACGACGUGUAAGGACGGAGAUGUUCCGGCGGCUAUCCUGUUCAAAGCUGCCGACAUGCAGUCGGAGACUGACCGCCGACUGAAGACUAUCCGCGCGGAGAAAGAAGUCCUUCACGCUCAGGUCUGCGGCGACUCGGACAACUUCCAGGCCAGCUUGGAUGCUGCUAGACAGGAAACAGCAAGAAUGAUUGAGGACAAUAGGAGGCGCUGUGAGACGGAGCUGACCAGUAUCAUCCCAACCAUGACCAAGAGCGUCAUCAACGUCAACUUGUUGGAAGCCAUUCGCGAGGCCAUGCGCACUGUCAUCGACGCUCACUUCAACCCGGAAGAAGAAGAAGAAGAAGAAGCCCCUCCAGAACUAGACAUCAGGUCUAGAGUCGACCAAUCAUACUUCAACUUUCGACGUCGCCGGGCUCCGUCCGAAGAAGUCUCCAUUGACUACACGCACCUGUGUCCGACCGGGAAGGCGACAUCCGAGGCCCUUCUGGCGGUGGGCGAAGCUAUCGGCCGGGCAACCGUGGACUAUGAGGCCAUGAGGCAGCUGGUGGUGCAGAUGAAGGGUGGCACAUGCCCCUCUCACUCAGACAUGGACAUGGAAGGGGACGCCAAGGGAUCUACGUACGUGAGCCCACCCCUGGACUGCGGUGACAUGAAGAGAGUGGUGCAGCUGUACAUCGACUCCUUCACCCAGCAGCUGCCGGAUGUCGGCAAAACUGUGGAGACCAGUCUGACGGAGAUGCUGCCUGAGGAAGAGUGGUGCACCGGUGUGGAGAUCGGUUCCAUCUGCUACUUCCUGUCGGGCGCUCAGCUGCCGUUCAGCCUCGGGUCGUCGAACUGCCAGGAACACGACGGUCAGAUGGCCAUGGUGAAGAACCCCGGGGACUACGACCCCCUCCGGGCGUUCCUGAUGUCCUUGUCAGUCGGUGACAUCUGGAUCGGAGCGACUGACUAUGACGGGGACAUGACGUUCACCUGGCUGGACGGUACCACUUUGGUCGACGGGGCGUGGGGAAACGGUGAACCCAACAAUGUUAACCAGAAGUGUGCCCAGAUGUGGAGAUACGUCAACCUGAAGCUGGAUGACGACUACUGCACCAACCGGAAGAACAUCCUGUGUAUGAAAGAGCGGCUGAUUGCGGAAGAGUAGCGGACAGAUGCUGGACUAUGAUGCUGGGCCAUUCAGUCGCAUAUAUGACGAUGUUGACUUGUGUGUGUGUUUGUUCAUUUACGUGUGAAGAGGACAACUCGAGAAGUCUUUUGACAUUUUUUUUCUACUUUUUGUUUUGUUUCACAAAGCAGGUAAACUGCCAUUGUAUGUCCAUAACAUGCAGUACUACAUGUAGGUAGAAGUUAUAAGGUUUGAUCUACUAACACCAGAAUGGACCAAUACUCCUUUCAAUAAGUUAGGUGGGAUUUAUAGCGUGCUUUGGGUUUGGCUCUCAUUCUUCUGGCGUAUAGCGUCAAACAAGAGAAAAGAACAUGGGGCUUCUGGCUGGCUUGUAACGUCCCGUAUGAGAGGACGCUUCCAACAUCUAGGCACCAAUAUUCACCCGAGUUGAGU